GUCUGAACGUCUCGAGUCUGACACACUCAGUUCAGUUCAUCAAUCUUUUUAAGAGUCUCUGACCACUCAUUUAAUAAAGCAUAAUAUUUCAGUCAUAUUAUUAGAAAUAGUUCCCAUUCUCUCCUUUCUGUAGCUCAUUUUGAGAAGGCAUGGCAGUAUCUGAAGGAGGAGUUUAGUUUCACUGAACCUCUUUACAACAGACCCGCAGAUUCAUUCGCUUUAAGAAACAUUUUCACGAGUGUCAGGAUACGACUAUUAUCACAGUUCUGUUUCAAACUAUUUCAGAAAAUGUUUGUUUUCAUCUGUUUGUGCUUGUGUCAGGCUGGUGUGUUUGUUGCUGAUGCAGUGAAGUCAGAGUCAGUGACUGAGGGAGAAUCAGUCUCUCUGAACUCUAGUUUCACUCAAAUACAGACACAGGAGGAGAUCGAGUGGAGGUUUGCUAAUAUUCUCAUAGCUAAAGUGAAGAAAAACAAAGAGAGCAAGAUUUUUAAUGGAAGUGCUGAAGGGAGAUUCAGAGACAGACUGAAACUGGAUCAUCAGACUGGAUCUCUGACCAUCAUCAACAGCAGAACCACAGACUCUGGACUUUAUACAGUCUCCAGCAACAAAAGAGACACGAUCAACAUGAUCAAUCUCACUGUCUAUGCUCGUCUGCCUGUUCCUGUCAUCAGCAGUAACUCUUCACAAAACUCUUCAUCAUCAUCAUCAUCAUCAUCAUGUUCAUUGGUGUGUUCAGCUGUGAAUGUGAGUCAUGUGACUCUCUCCUGGUUCAAAGGAAACAGUGUAUUCUCCAGCAUCAGAGUGUCUGAUCUCAGCAGCCGGUCUGAUCUUCUUCUCCAUCUGGAGUGUGUGGAUGAUUCCUACAGCUGUGUGCUGAACAAUCCCAUCAGAAACCAGACUCAACACCUCAACAACACUCAGCUCUGUCACACAUGUGCUGCAGAGUUUUGUGGCUUUACUGAAGCUGUGAUCCGAUUGGCUCUCUCUGCUGUGGUGGGCGUGGCUACUGUGGCUGUUCUGGUUUAUGACAUCAGAUCCAGAAGUCUUCAACAAAAGAAAUAUCCAUCAAACUCUGAUUAAUCAGAUAUCAGGAAGGUAGAGAUGUUCUUCAACAACUGUAGAUGUGAUAUUACAAGAAAUAACUCAAAAUAACUCAACACACAUUAAAGGGUUAGUUCACACAAAAAUUAAGAUUCUGUCAUUAAUUACUUGUCCUCAUGUCGUUUCACACCCGUAAGACCUUUGUUAAUCUUCAGAACACAAAUUAAGAUAUUUUUUGAUGAAAUCUGAUGGCUCCGUGAGGUCUAUAUGUAUAUAUUUAUAUUUUGUAUGUCCUCCUCUGGCCUUGAUAACAGCUUGCAUUAUUAUUGGCUUGAUUUCAUGUACUUUUACACAGUCUCUGUUGUUAGUGACUGUAAUUGGACAUCUGAAUAAUUUCCUUUUUUUUUUUCUGCCUUUCUUAUAAAACAGUAAAUUUGAAAAGUUUCGAGCUCAAAGAAUCGAUGAGAAAAUGAUCUUGAAGUCUGUUAUCUAAAUAAAAGCAUUAAUAAGAUCAUUAGUUGUUUGCUGACAGAUUGUCGGGGUUUUGAUACAGUUCAUCUGGAAAUUAUUCACAGCGCUUCACUUUUUACACAUUUUGUUAUUUUAAAGCCUUAUUCCUUAAGAGAUUAAAUUCAUUAUUUUCCUCAAAAUUCUACAAACAAUUCCCCAUAAUGACAAUG